GAUGUGGAGGAAGCUGUGUCCACGUGUGGUUUGUGUAACGUGAGGAAAUGCAUUCAGUGCCCUUAACGCAAUGACAGAACCGCGUCCAUGGCGGGACAUGUGAAGAAGCAGCUUAAGGACGCACUGAAGGUCAUCAGCUCAGGUAGCCUUCUGUUUGUCUCCUACCUCACUGCGGUUGGAGAUGAGCGUUUCUAUGCCAAUCAGCUGAUGCCCCUUCUGCAGAAGAUUGUGGGGGCAGAGACGGCACAUGUGUUGGCAGUGAAGAUGAUAGGUCUGGGUCUGGUUCCUUUGAACCGCUACAAGGACCCUGCAUCAUUGGAAGUGAAUGUCCUGGGAUUAAAGUUCAGAAACCCUAUUGGAAUUGCGGCAGGCUUUGACAAGCAUGGAGAGGCCAUAGAUGGGUUGUACAAGGUGGGUUUCGGCUUUGUUGAAGUGGGCACUAUCACUCCCAAGCCUCAGGAGGGGAACCCCAAACCACGUGUGUUUCGACUCAUUGCGGAUCAUGCAAUUAUUAACAGAUAUGGAUUCAACAGCUGUGGUUUGGCAGAAGCACAAGAAAGGCUGAAGGCCAGAGGCGCACAGCAACAUAAGGCUGGCCUUCCCCUGGGCAUCAACCUGGGGAAGAACAAGCUAUCCCAGGACGCGGGGGCAGAUUACUUGGAGGGGGUGAGAGGGCUGGGCCCACUGGCUGACUACCUGGUGGUCAAUGUCAGCAGUCCAAAUACGCCAGGUCUCCGGGAUCUACAGGGGAAGGCUGAGCUCCGCCAGCUCCUGCACACGGUGCUGAAGGAGCGCGAUGCCCUGCGGGCAGAAUCCAAACUUCCAGUCCUAGUGAAGAUUGCUCCUGACCUCACUGCCCAGGACAAACAAGAUAUUGCUGAUGUUGUCACUGAGCUAGGAGUGGACGGUUUGAUGGUGUCUAACACCACAGUGUCCAGGCCAGACACGCUUCAGGAUGCGCAUAAGUCUGAGGUUGGUGGGUUAAGUGGCCAACCUCUCAAAGACCUCUCUACUAGCACUGUCAGAGAUGUACAACCUCACCAAAGGUAUAAUGUUUUUGCAGGUAAAGUAACAAUUGUUGGAAUCGGUGGUGUGGCCAGCGGGCAGGAUGCUAUGGAUAAGAUCCGUGCUGGUGCAUCACUGGUCCAGCUUUACACAGCUUUGACCUACCAGGGUCCGCCUGUAGUGACGAAGAUAAAGCGAGAAUUGGAACAACUUCUUAAAGAACAAGGUUUCAGCUGUGUAUCAGAGGCAGUUGGAGCAGAUCACAGGGGAGCAGAUGGGUUGACUCAUAAGUAGAGGAUGCAGAAAGAGAUGGUAAAUGUUAACACAGCACCUGUAGCCUCCAUCUCCUCCAGCUAGGCAACACGAUCCUCUGCUUUUCCAGAACUGUGACGAAUGCUGAGUAUUGGUGUUUAUCUAUCUUGAUUUCUGGGAUAAGAUAGGUCUGAACUGGUUGUUGUUGAAACCGCAUUUAUUUUGGUAUUUGUGUUAAGUGUAAAUGCUGAACGCACCAAAUCUCAGCGUCUCACCUUUACUUUAACAUUCUGGUCAAGUCAAUAAUGAGAAGUCUUUUAUGUAUCUACACAUUAAAAAACUGAGGUCUGUUUGUAACUUCAGACGUCCAUCCUUUGUUACAGUGUAACAGCAGUAAAUGAAUCUGAAGUGCAUAUUGACACCAAAGUGCUUAAACUCUUUUUCCACUAUAUUCAAAAAGUAUUCUGACAUGAUGAUUUACAGAAUAAAUAGCAAAAGCUGUUUCUUAUCCUGGAGGAAUUUUCUAAUACAGAAGUAGAAACAUACAUUAAAAUGUUGACAUUGUAUUAUUCAUAUUCAGGAUGUUGCUGCACAAAAAUAAAGUCCAAUACAAUAACGGCUCAAAUGUUA